AUGGCGGGCGCACUCCGACAACCCAUCGACGUGCGAUCGCUGGAGCAAUUCAUUGCGUCGCAUGUACCUGAGGUCCAAGCUCCAAUAACCCUCAAACAGUUCGGCUUCGGUCAAUCAAACCCGACAUACCAGAUCACUGCCAGCGAUGGAGCCAGAUUCGUGAUGCGCAAGAAGCCACCAGGCAAACUGGUGUCGAAGAGCGCGCACAAGGUCGAGCGUGAGUAUCGCAUUCUCAACGCCUUAGCAAAGACAGAUAUUCCAGUCCCCAAGGUAUACUGUCUUUGCGAGGAUGAGGGCGUUGUCGGCACCCCGUUCUACAUCAUGGAGUUCUUGGAUGGGCGCAUUUUCGAAGACCCGACGUUGCCUGGACUUCCUGCGGAGGAGAGGAAGGCCUUAUGGCGCGAAGCGAUGGUCACCCUGGCCAGAUUCCACCGUAUUGAUCCUGUCGCUGUUGGACUUGCAGGAUAUGGGAAGGCAGGGGGAUUCUACAAUCGCCAGCUCAACACGUGGAGAAACCUCAACGAUACUCAAGGCGCCGUGCUCGACAAAGAGACAAAGGAAGCGGUUGGCCGGGUUCCAGGGACUGAAGACUUGCUUCGAUUCUUCUCUGACCCAGAUUGCCAGCCCAGAGACCGAGUGAGUCUCAUCCACGGAGACUUCAAGAUCGACAACAUCGUUUACCACAAGACUGAGCCCAGAAUAAUCGGAAUCCUAGACUGGGAGAUGUCGACUGUCGGCCAUCCGUUUGCUGAUAUCGCCAACGUUGUGCAUCCAUGGACGGUCAAUGCGAUCUCGCCCUCCGCUGCUCAGGACCUGUAUCUCCCAUCCGUGACAAAUAAGAUUGAGGGAUUGCCAUCCGUAGCCCAGUGCCUUGCGUGGUACAAAGGCGAAGCUGGGUGGGAUCCGGCACCAGAGCUGAAAUGGGCCGAAGCCUUCUGUCUCUUCCGAUUGAGUAUCAUCUACCAAGGCAUUGCUGCGAGAUAUGCAGCGAGGCAGGCAACAAGUCCUGAAGCGCGCAAGCUUGGUCAGGCAAGGUAUCCAUCUGCUGAGCUGGCAAAACAGCUUAUUCGAGAGAUAAAACUACGGAAAGUAGAUGGCGCAAAACUUUAG